AUGUCAAGUCCACCACGUAACUCGAGAAAGAGACAGAACGAAGAUGAUGAUGACGAUAUGAUUCCUGGUUCAUCACCAAGACUUCAUUCAAGUCCACAAUUACCACCAUCUUCACCAGCCAUUCCAUUUGAUGAUUUGGAUGAAGAAGAUGAAAUUCAUAACGAUGUUGCCGAUUUGAAUCCAUCUGAUGAGGAUGAAGGUGAAGAUUUGAUGGAAAAUAUGGAAAAUGAUUACCAAAGAAACACAACUCAAGAUCAUUAUGAUUUAGGUGAUAAUAUUGAUGAUGAGGAAUAUGAUGCCAUGGAUGCUGCCACUCGUAGAAGAAUAGAUAAUCAAUUGAACCGUCGAGACGAGCUUCUUGGCGGUGCAGGCAACGCCAAUCGUUCAAGACGUCAAGCUUUUCUUGAUGAUGACCAAGAUGAUGAUCUCGAAGGUGGAACUAAUGAAUUCGGAUUACCAAUUCAAAGAAGAAGAAGAAGACAAUAUGAUGAAGAUCAAGAUGACUUAGAAGAAGAUGAUAUGGAAAUCGAUCCAUUCAAUGAAGAAUUAUCUCUUGAAAGUUUGACUGAUAUUAAGGCUUCAAGUAUUACCGAAUGGGUUCUUCAACCAGCAGUUUCCAGAUCAAUUGCAAGAGAAUUAAAAUCAUUCUUAUUGGAAUAUACUGAUGAACAUGGUCGUUCUGUUUAUGGUGCUCGUAUUAGAACAUUGGGUGAACUUAACUCUGAAUCAUUGGAAGUAUCGUACCAACAUUUGGCAGAAUCAAAGGCGAUUUUAGCAUUGUUUUUAGCAACUUCUCCGGAAGAAGUCUUGAAAAUUUUUGAUAUUGUUGCCAUGGAAGCUACAGAAUUACAUUAUCCAAAUUAUUCUCAAAUUCAUCAAGAAAUUCAUGUUAGAAUUACUCAUUUCCCUAACUUGUUAAAUUUAAGAGAUUUAAGAGAAAAUAACUUAAACUCUUUAGUUAAAGUUAGUGGGGUAGUUACAAGAAGAACCGGUGUUUUCCCACAAUUGAAGUAUAUUAAGUUUGAUUGUCUUAAAUGUGGGGUUGUUUUGGGUCCAUUCAUGCAAGAUUCCAACAUUGAAGUUCGUAUUUCCUUCUGUACUAAUUGUAGACUGAAGGGUCCAUUCAAAUUAAAUUCUGAGAAAACAUUAUACAGAAAUUAUCAAAGAAUCACUUUACAAGAAGCUCCAGGAACUGUUCCUCCUGGUAGAUUACCAAGACAUAGAGAAGUUAUUUUAUUGGCAGAUUUGGUAGAUGUUGCCAAACCUGGUGAAGAAGUUGAAGUUACUGCAGUUUAUAAAAAUAACUACGAUGGUCAGCUUAAUGCUAAGAACGGAUUCCCAGUGUUUGCCACAGUUUUGGAAGCCAACUCUAUCAAUAGAAGAGAAGGUGGAAGUGGUAGUGGAUCUGGUGUAAACAGUUUAUGGACUGAAGAAGAUGAGCGUGAAUUUAGAAAACUUUCUCGUCAACCAGGUAUCAUUGAUAAGAUUAUUUCUUCAAUGGCUCCUUCUAUUUAUGGCCAUAAGGAUAUUAAAACUGCAUUAGCAUGUUCUUUAUUUGGUGGUGUUUCUAAAGAUGUUAAUGGUAAGCAUUCCAUUAGAGGUGAUAUCAAUGUUUUACUUUUGGGUGAUCCGGGUACUGCUAAAUCUCAAAUCUUGAAGUAUGCUGAAAAGACCGCCAAUAGAGCAGUGUUUGCCACUGGUCAAGGUGCUUCUGCUGUUGGUUUAACUGCCAGUGUUAGAAAAGAUCCUAUUACUAGAGAAUGGACAUUAGAAGGUGGUGCAUUAGUUUUGGCUGAUAAGGGAACUUGUCUUAUUGAUGAAUUUGAUAAGAUGAAUGAUCAAGAUCGUACAUCUAUUCAUGAAGCUAUGGAACAACAAUCUAUUUCUAUUUCUAAGGCGGGUAUUGUGACUACUCUUAGAGCCAGAUGUGCAAUCAUUGCAGCUGCCAAUCCUAAUGGAGGACGUUAUAACUCAACUUUACCAUUUGCACAAAACGUUGAUUUAACUGAACCAAUUUUAUCCAGAUUUGAUAUUUUAUGUGUUGUUAGAGAUUUAGUUGACCCUGAAGUUGAUGAACGACUUGCUAGUUUUGUGGUUGAUUCUCAUAUGAGAUCCCAUCCUUCUAACGCUGAAGAAUUAGAAGAUGAUACCAAUGAUAUGGAUAUUAAUCAAGGUGAAGAUGAAAAUAUUAGUGGUGAAAAGAGUAAACAAACAAGAACACAAAAAAUUAAUCAAUUAAAUAAAGAGAAAGAGAAUGAAAUUUCACCAAUUGCUCAAGAUUUACUUUCAAAGUAUAUUAAUUACGCUAGACUCAAGGUUCAACCUAGGUUACAUCAAAUGGAUAAUGAAAAAGUUGAACGUCUUUAUGCUGACUUAAGAAGAGAAUCUAUUUCUACUGGAUCUUUCCCAAUUACUGUUCGUCAUUUAGAAAGUAUCAUUAGAACGGCUGAAAGUUUUGCCAAAAUGAGACUUUCUGAUUUCGUCAGUACUGACGAUUUGAAUCGUGCUAUCAAGGUGAGUAUUGAUAGUUUCGUUGGUGCUCAAAAGAUUACUGUACGUAGACAACUUCAAAAGUCAUUUGCCAAGUAUACCUUGCCAAGAAGAGUAAGGGCUUAA